GAAAGAAUUGUUUGACCUUGGUUUACAAGCCCCUUAUUUUGAUUCUAUCUACUGCCUCUUAGACGCAAUGAAUGCCUCUGUCAAAGAAGAUAGAACCACAUCGCUGAUGAAAUGUGUUUUCCACAUUGUUCGAUCUCAAGCUUUGAAUGGCCCAGAACCUCAAUCACGGAAGGACAUCAUCGACAACUUUAUCAUCAUACACUACGGAGUCUGCGCUAAGGACUUGCUGCCGAUCAUCGAACAAAUGAUUGAGGUCAAGGUUCUCCUUCCAUCUGGCAAUCGGGAAAUAUGCUGGAAAGGCAUAGACGGUAGAACAGAACGCGAGAAUUCACCUUUGUUUACCAUUCAUCCUGAAUGCAAUAUCAAUAAAUAUCGAGCAAUUGAAACGUGCGCUAAACAUCGAUACAAAUAUCUGCGCCCUCCGCAGUCGACUUUGGGCAGCGAAGUUGCUAAAUUGACGAAACGAUGUGUAGCUUCAGUUAGAAGUGGAAAUGACUUGGAAACAGAUAAAUUAAUUCAUCAGGCAAUUAACUUGACCAAAGAUCACAGUCGAAAGUUCCAUAAAGACUACAGAUUUACUCAAGCCACUAUAGGCGAUGCAUCGACCUCGAGCAUUAUUGAAAAUAAAUCACUCGACAGUUGCGAUCGCACAAACCUCCCCAUUGUUCAUCCCGAAGACAAUGCUGUUCCUUCGAACUCUCAGCCAUUCUCGUCACUACAAUCCUCACGAAAAAAAGAUGAGGAUAAUUCGGGUCAAAGAUUAGGUAUCUAUGGAAUAACCUCGAUGCUUCGCGAUUUAAAUUCAAAGUACCCAAACGACAAGAUCAAGGUUGUGUCCAAGAACAACGAGCUUUGGUUCGAAUGUCAAGAUUGUCCAGCCAAGCUUUAUAAGAUUUCGCAAGGUGGAAGCUGCAUCUACCAUAUAAGAUCCCAUAUCGAGGGUGCUGCUCAUGCCGAUAGAGUUGAGAGCAGAGUGACUCGCAAUAGUGAGACAACUAUCACCACCAGAUAUGUUCAAGUAAGGAAGGAAAGACUAGAGAAAAUUAGAGGAAAGGACCCAAUGAGCUCGCGAUGGACAUGGUGGCUUGAUGAGAAUCAAGCGCCAAAGUCUCGAAACGGAAUUUUCGCAAACGAGAAGAAUAUCAACGAUACACUUGCCACGAAAUCUGCUGUUGCCAAACAAUCCGCGACUCCGAGUUAUCCCGAGAAAUCUUCUGGCGAUGUCAAUUAGACUGUGUUAGAUCUAUUAUGGUAAACAAGCGAACAUAUAUAGAAUCAGAAUCCUCGCACUCUAGCAAUAAACGAAUUCGCUUGGCUCAAUCUCAUGAGAACACUCCACGCUCAACUUUAGCCACCCAUCUUACAGACGCUCCAGACGGUAACACACAGGCCACCAAUUAUGGUACACCUAGCAACCAUACACAACCUCAAUUGGGAAAAGACCAGCCACCAGAUGGCCACGACGGUGCAGACAGAGAAGCUACAAAGAGUGCAAAAGUUAAAGCAGUAAAGGCUCGUGUUAAGGAAUUAGAAGCCGAACGAGAUUCUCAAGGUAAAACAAUAGCCAAGCUUUCAAGGAAACUCCACAAGCAACGAAAAAUUGCCACCACUCAGCAGGAAGUACUUGAACACUUGGUUGACAAAAAUAAGCGACAUUCUGGGUUGUUAGACUCUCUUUGUGAGUCUAUUAACAUCGCCAACCAUCAAGUGUCAAAAAUUAAGAAAGGCUACAAGAAUGGUGUUACACUCCUUAAUGGAAAUUUCAAAUUUCUUAAGGAUGGUAGUAUUGCAGUAAAAGCUGUUGCUGACGAGCAUACCAUUGAGCUUGACGAACUCAGAAAACGUUUGCAGGUCUUAGAAGAGAGUGAUUUGGGCGCUGAAGACGAAGUACAAAAACGAGCUUCUCGCCUUAGAGAUCAAAUCAAUGGUGAUAAUUGAAUCCGAUUAGUGGGA